GUCACUUGAGUUCAUUGCUUGCUUUCUUCUGUGUUGACGUCUUUUUGCUAGCAAAGUGAUGACAAAAAAUACGAUUUGUGUCUAUUUCAAGCAAAUUUAUUGAAGUGUUACCUGUUUAUGCUUGAUCUGUGACCGUUUUGUGAAAAUAUUUUAUUGGGUAGUGCGAUCAGCAAAGGCAUUUAAAGAGAUGGAUGUCAUCACAGCUGUGAAACUUUACAUUAAUAAAAUGACCAGUGAAUCGGGCCCUGGCAUGAAAAUACUUCUGAUGGAUAAAGAUACGACGAGCAUCGUAUCGAUGGCAUUCAGCCAGUCGGAUAUGCUACAAAAAGAGGUGUAUUUGUUUGAACGCAUCGAUACAGCCAAAUCGAAUGAGCGAAUGAAACAUCUGAAGUGCAUUGUUUUUAUUCGGCCCACGAAAAACAAUAUUGCUUUCCUUUGUCAUGAGCUGCGGAAUCCCCGAUUCGGAUCUUAUUACAUAUAUUUCAGUAACAUUGUGCCACGAACAGACAUCAAACUAUUGGCCGAAAGUGAUGAAAGUGAAUCGGUACGAGAGGUGAAAGAGAUCUACGCCGACUAUCUUGGAGUGAAUUCGAACUUGUUUUCAUUCAAUCUAUCCAACUGUUUGCAUGGCCAAAGUUGGGAUCGUGACGCUCUUGCCCGAUCGACAGACAGCCUAACCGCAUUGUUACUCUCACUGAAACUGAGACCAAACAUCCGCUACAGCGGCGCCAGCAAACCGGCGCAGCAACUAGCCAAGGAAUGUUAUGAUAAGAUUUCGAAAGAAAAUACCUUGUUCGACUUUCGAUCUCAAGAAAAUGGGGCACCGCCACCGUUGCUUCUGAUCUUGGAUCGUAAGGAUGAUCCCGUUACACCUCUGUUGAACCAAUGGACGUAUCAAGCAAUGGUUCACGAGCUGUUAACGAUAAAUAACAAUCGCGUUGACAUGUCGGGCAUCGAUGGAGCUCCCAAGGAUAUGAAAGAAGUGGUUUUGUCAACAGAACAAGAUGAAUUUUAUGCAAACAAUAUCUAUUCGAAUUUCGGAGAAAUUGGACAGACCAUCAAAACGCUUAUGGAUGAAUUCCAAAUCAAAGCAAAGAGUCAGAAGAAAGUUGAAAGCAUAGCCGAUAUGAAAAACUUUGUCGAAACUUAUCCACAAUUUAAGAAAAUGUCUGGUACGAUAACAAAACAUGUAGUCGUAAUUGGAGAACUAUCGAACCAGAUAGCCAAGCUACAAUUACUUGAAGUGUCGGAAUUGGAACAGGAGAUUUCUUGUCGUGCCGAUCAUUCGGCACAGUUGCAACGGGUCAAGAAAUUAGUGGCUGAUGACAGAAUUUCGUUGAAAAAUGCACUUCGUUUGAUCUUGCUGUAUGCGCUGCGUUACGAACGGCAUGCCAACUGUGACACCGUUGGCCUUCUGAACACCUUGAAACAGAGGGGAGGCGAUGUACACGUUGUACCACGAAUGCUUGAGUAUGCUGGUCAACAUGCUCGACAGGGCGAUCUGUUCAACAAUGUCAAAAUCAUGGACGCGGUCAAACUAACAAGGAGUUUGAUCAAGGGUCUCAAAGGAGUUGAAAAUGUAUACACUCAGCAUUCGUGUUUACUAAAAGAGAUUUUGGAAGAUGUUUUCAAGGGUCGACCACUUGAUCCAAUGUAUCCGUGCAUUGGUUCGGAACUUUCUUUCAGAAGACCACCGCAACAAAUGAUUGUUUUCAUUGUGGGAGGUGCCACUUAUGAAGAGGCUCUGGCCGUUCAUGCCAUGAAUCUAUCAGGAUACAAAUGCAUACUGGGUGGAACCACCAUCCACAACUCAGACACAUUUAUCAAAGAAGUAUUAGCAGCAACAUCGGGCAUUCCAAUGAAGCAUUCACGUUCACUUCAACAAUUCCACAAUGCAGACAUCUAAAUGUAUUUAGCUGAUUAAAUCAAACUCUAUUUUAUGUGAUUCAGUGAAGAGCGUUAUUGCAUUAAACACUAACUUCCUCAAUGGUUUGCUAAAUUGUGAAUGAAUUUUACACGAUAGUUAAUUCAAAAUUAUUGUAGCGGUUAAUUUUGUAACGAUUCAACCGGAAUCGCGUUUGAUGCUAUGAGCUCUACAAAAUUGUACUGUGUGAAAUUAUAAUUAUCCAUAUUCGAUUCUUUUAUUUAAUAAUUUGUAUCUAUCCAUUCAGUUGAAACUGAACCAAAUAAAGUCUUAUUCAUCACCUUACUUAAAUGUGAUUAAAAAUGAAAA